GACCAGAUUAAUAUGGCUAUUGCCGUAACAAUAAAAUCAACAUCAUUAAGGAAAUUUUCGAGCUGUUCAGUUGCGCGGUCGACGUAUUGGACGUGGUGCAGCAGAUAAACUCCACCAUGCGGCAUUUACAGCGAUCAUUAUUACUGGGAUUACUGAUUAUUGGGAUAAUAUUAUCGCCGGUUUCUGGAUGCGAGGAGCAUGAACAUGAGAAGGAGACCACCCAGGCACCGAUCGUGAGUACGGCCAGUACACGCAAAGUGGCGCCUGUCGGCUGGACAUGGCGACCGUAUGGUAAAACGGAUGCACCGAAUGGUGGACGGGAUGCGACAAAGCCGGCUACCGUAAAGCCCGCGCUGACAACAAAGGCCGCACCGGUUAUUACUACCGCUAAACCGGUGGUGACGACGACCAAACCCACAACACGAACGACGACAAUAGGAAUUACCACGGAGGAAGUGGUAACGGAAGCGUAUAUUCCUGCUGAUCGGUCGCCUAUUAGCUAUCGUCUUAAAGGAAGAAAAGAAUUGGGAUGUUACUUCCAAAACUAUGCCAUUUACCGACCCGGUGGAUCGGAAUUAAAACCCGAUAAAAUUGAUCCAAAUUUGUGUACCUUUAUAAUUUAUUUUAUCGCCAAUCUGAUCAGCAACACCCUGCAGUCAUUUGAUCCUUGGGCCGACAUCGAUCUUGGUGGCUUCCAAAAAAUCAAUGAUCUCAAAAAGCAAAAUCCCGAUUUACGCAUAGUGGUAGCAACAGGCGGAUGGAAUAUGGGAUCAAAGGUCUUUUCGCGUUUAGCCAAAGAUCCCAAUAACCGGAAGAAAUUCAUCACCAGUGUAAUCAAUUUCUGCGACCGAAAUGGAUUCGAUGGUCUGGAUCUGGACUGGGAAUAUCCAACACAGCGCGGCGGAAUUACUGAUGAUUACUACAACUUUCCCACUUUGUUAAUGGAACUGCGCCAAGCCUUUGACCAACGGACAGCAGAAACCGGGAAAGACUACAUGCUAACAGCGGCGCUGGGAGCAUCCGCUCUGGUCAUUGACAACGCCUAUGACGUCGAGCAGAUGUUCAAAUAUCUGGAUUACGGCCACAUUAUGGCUUAUGAUUUCCAUGGCACAUGGGAUGUUGCUCCACAAACACUGGCGCACCACAGUCCAUUAUACACUCCACCCAAACUGAAUGAUCCCGAUCCCAAUUAUGAUGUCAGAUUCAGUGCGGACUGGGCUAUCCAACAUUACCUGGCACGAGGCGCACCGGCUUCGAAAGUGCUGCUGGGUGUUCCGUUAUACGGUCGCGGCUACAACCUGGCUGAUCCGAAUCGGCACACUUUGGGUUCGCCGGCUAGUGGACCGAACGCUGCCGGUCCAUUCCUCAAAGAACAGGGUUUCCUGGGAAUUACCGAGUUGUGUUUGAACUUGAAGAAUAAUGGAUGGGUCAAAGGCUCCGAAUACAACCUGACAUAUGCUUACGGCCAGGGACAAUGGGUUGGCUAUGACGACGAAGACCGAAUGCAGGAUAAGGCUAAAUAUAUUUGGCAACAUCAACUAGGAGGCGGAUUUGUCUGGGCGCUGGACUACGAGGACAAUAACAAUCUGUGUGGAAAAGGGAAAAAUCCCACCAUCAGUGUGCUAAAGAAAUCCCUGGACACAGCUCCACCCGGACAACUGGUUGUUAUACCACCACCGCCACCCGUGAGGGUCACCAAGCCACCGUUGACGGUUGAGGAAAGCGGUAUGACCUUUGCCAAAAAAGAGCUGGGAUGUUAUUUCCAAGACUACGCCAUCUAUCGUCCCGGUGGAUCCGAACUGAAACCCGAUAAAAUUGAUCCGGAUUUGUGCACAUUUAUAAUUUAUUUUGUCGGCAAUCUGGUCAACAAUCAAAUCAAGUCUUUUGACCCAUGGGCGGAUGUGGACCUAGGUGGAUUCAAAAAGGUGAACGCCCUAAAAAAUCUCAAUCCAGACUUGCGCGUAUUGAUCGCUAUCGGCGGUUGGAAUAUGGGAUCUACUGUGUUCUCGAAUUUGGCUAUGGAUCCAGAAAAGAGGAAAUUCUUCAUUAAUACCACCUUCACUUUCUUGGAUCGGUGGAAUUUCGAUGGUUUGGACAUCGACUGGGAAUAUCCAACGCAACGCGGUGGUAUCAAGGAUGACUUUGAUAAUUUUGCAACCUGGGUUAAGGAAAUUCGGGAAGCUUUCGAUGAAAAGACUAAGCAAACCGGCAAAACGUAUAUGCUGACGGCGGCAUUGGGAGCAUCAACCUGGGUUAUUGACGACGCUUACAAUGUCUCGGAAAUCUUCAAGUAUUUGGAUUUUGCCAAUAUUAUGACCUAUGAUUUCCAUGGUACAUGGGAUGUUUCACCACAAACCCUGGCACAUCACAGCCCUCUGUACACUCCGCCACAGAUCAACGACCCUGAUCCCAAUUAUAAUUUGAAAUACAGCGCGGAUUGGGCAAUCCAGCACUACCUGGCUCUGGGUGCACCGGCCUCCAAAUUGCUGCUCGGUGUGCCAUUAUACGGACGCGGCUGGAAACUGGCCGAUCCCGACCAGCAUAAACUUGGGUCGCCAACCAAAGGUCCCAACGACGCCGGACCGUUUUUGAGAGAAGCCGGGUUUCUGGGAGUCACUGAGAUUUGUUUGAAUAUGAAAAACAAAGGAUGGAAAAAGGAUAGCGAGUACAAUCUGACGUAUGUAUACGGUGAUGGACAGUGGGUGGGGUAUGAUGACGAAUUAUCCGUCCAACGGAAGGCUAAAUAUGUCUGGGAUAAUCAACUCGCAGGAGCGUUUGUAUGGGCACUGGAUUAUGAAGACAACAACCAGCUGUGUGGAAUGGGACGCAACCCAAUAUUGAACGCUCUGAAGGACGCGCUCCUGGAUAAACCUACCGGUCUCUGGACACCGGCUCCCACACCCUGGCCCAUCGUGGCCACCCGUCCCCCACCGCUGCCCAUCCUGCCCAGCACUAUCAACAACCCCGCCGCGGCUGCCGCUAACCCGCCCGCUCCCGGCGCCACCUACCUGUGCCAGCGGGAUGGCUUCUUCCAGGUGCCGACGGACUGUACGAAAUUCAUCCGCUGUGUCACCGGUCAACUGCCGGCGGAAUUCUCGUGCUCCGCCGGCUUACUCUUCGAUGAGAGUAUACAAAGCUGCAAUUGGCCACAGUUUGUCGGCUGUUCCAGUGCCAAGAAAAACGCCACGACAACGGCGAAUAAAGUCCGACUGGAUAUUCCCAGCUGGGUGGGACGUUUCCACAGUUGAAUUUAGUGUAGCCAUUUUUUGUUUGCGUUUGUUGCCGAUUUAUUGACUUCCAAAACUCUGUGAGAUGCUGUUAAAUUUUUUAUAUUGUUUUAAGGAUGUACGGUUUUUUAAGCCGAAAUUUGUUUUAGCAUGAUCUGUAGAGAUCUCUUCGAAAUAUUUAACGUUUGUUGAAAUGUGAAAUUAAUAAAGAUUACAAGAUUUUG